AUGCUAAGUCCAACUCCGACGAUCGAUCGUUCCAGCCUGCGUCCUGGCACAGGAUACCUCAUCGCGCCGCGGGUACCCCACGGCCUCGCGACUGUUGUCGAGGGUCUCACGAGGGAAGUUCUACGUCAUCGGCCCGAGGAUAUAUAUGUUUUUGCAGCUCACCACUUUGAAAAGUUGCUAAAGCUACGGGAGGAGUACCACAUCGAAGAAUAUAGUAAUCGCGAGUUCAGCCAUGAAUUCAAUCGCGAUUUUAAUCUGUGGCCUACAAAGGGAACCCAAAAUAUUGAAAAACCUUCAAACGGCGGUUGGUCCCUGGAGAAAGAGCUCGAGAUUUUUGAGAAACCUGAAAGAACAGCCAUUGACACAGAGGAGAGUCAGGAAGAUAUCUCUACUGACAAAGAAAAUCGAAAAACUCCGAAACAGACAAGAUCAAGAGGUCCUGCGACUACGAAGAAAAUCUCGAAGACGUCGAAGGACAAUGAGACAACGUCGACUGCUCGCGCGACAAGAAUCAUUUCCCAAAUGACUGCUCUUCACGGUCCCGGCAAGAAUAUCCAAACCAAGGAUAUUAAGCAGGAACUCAGAAAAAACAAACUGAGCGGCGAGAAAUCCAAAGCAAGCGAUAAUGUCGAGAAAGGGAUUCGAGGCGAUAGACGAUCUAGGACGAGAACUACUAAAACAGACAAAGAUUCUGCAGAAGAUGUCAAAUGUGUCACAACGACGACGACGAAGAGCUCGAGUAAAACCUCCGCACGAAGACCACUGAAAAAAGUACGUCGAAUUGAAACCGAGUCCGAAACUGAGACGGAACAUGAAAUCGUAGCCAAGGCUGGACUUGAAAAUGGGCACGCAAGAUCGAGCAUUGAAAAUAACGAUACGAUUCGCGAGACAAUUCGGACAGAAAGCAGAGAGAAAAGACCAAAAGCGUGGCUCUCCGAACAUUCCUCUGAGAGGAAAGUAUCAUCGAGAGCUCUCAGUAUGGACCGCAUCAGGGCAUAUGUAUUGCGUAAAUUUGCGAGCACCGCGAGCUUGGAGGUUCUGCGAUCGCCUACGUACGUAGAGCAAGUGCAAGAAGUGAUUAAUCGCGCGGCGCCGAUUAUCAAGGAGAAACUAGAAGAAAUCGGAAUACCACGGGGAAAGCGUUCGAAAUCUGUCGAUCUUGCCUGGAACGAGGAAUUACUUCAUCGGCACGUUCGAGAAGAAAAGAGACACGACGAUGAAGAAAAAAAUGGAAGGGGAAAGAGCGGAAACGGACUGGAAGUUGAUAUUAUGAAGAAAGAGGAAAUGGAAAAUUUUGCAAGAGACGACACGAUUUCAAUCAUGGAGAGUGAGGAGAAGAAAUCGAGGAGGCGCAGCGUAGGUUCGGGCAAAAGAUCAAGAAAACGCGAUAAUGGUGACUUCGGGGUCGUCGAUGAAGUCGACGACAACUCGAAGCAUAGUAAUAAAUCGGAGCAUGAGUCUAGUAUAACGCACGAUACCUUGGAAGCGAGAUUGACUGCCACGCAGAGCAUCUUGGAAGAUAUCUCAAAAUCAACAUCUGAGUUGGGCGGUGCUCGCCGAAGCGAUCCUACCGGAAAUGAACCAUCGGAAUCGGAAAUCUCCGAUCACGUCGUUUCUCUGCCUGUCGUGAGGCCACCAUCUUCUAGAAAUUCCAGGAGCGCUUCCAAGAACGGUUCGGAUUGUCUGACGCUGCCGCCCAUCUCACCGGAAGCUCCCAAAUCAACGAAGAAAAAGGACGAAUUGUCCUUGCCGGUUCUACUAACGGCAGCAAACAACAGCAGCCAUUCCAUCAGGAAACCGCAGGAGCAGGAUGCCUCAAAAGACGCAGAGGAGGCCUCGACGAUGUACGAUAUUACGAGCGAUAUAGAGGACAUAGCGAUCUCUUCUGAAAACGAUCACGAAGAUGCGAUCGUAGAUGUAAAGCAGAAUCCUGAUAGUGAUCACCAGGACCUGCUAAUAUCGAACGUAAGAUAUAUCAAUGAGGAAAAACGUGAGAGAAACGACGACGUAGACAAAGUCUUUGGUGAGAAACGCGAAAGUCUUGAGGAAUUUGAGGAAUUAGAGAAAUUUGAAGAAGGCAGGAAGUCGGAGGAAGUCUUUAUAGAUAGUUUAAACGUUACACCGGAAGUAGCUGAUGUACCGUUAAGGCCAGACUCGUUAGAACCUGAUGAAGAGGUCAAACUUGAAGAUGAUAACGCGUAUCCUGCACAAGAAAAUGCUUUUGAUAGGUUGAAAGAUAAAUUGAUCGAGAUCGAAAUGGCGGAACGUAGUAUUGAGAAAGCGUUGGCUUGCCAACAGGUCGCAGCGAGUGACAUUGGCGAAACGACGAGUCAAGCGGAAAAGUCGCUGACUGACGGUAAGAUAAAUGAAGCAGAAGAGCUAACUAAUGAGGCGGAAGAAACUGUGAAUGAGAUACGAAAGUCGAUGGAUGCGAGAAAAAUACCGGUAAAUAAAGACGACGAAGAAAGAAAAAAGAACAAUAACGCUGGAAAAAGGAAAUCGACAAAUGGUAUAGAAAAAAUAAAAGAUAUAACAGAAAUAUCAAAUAAAACGGAAGAUUUAAAUAUAGAAGAAAGUUUAACAAAUAAAGUAGAAAAAAUAGAAAAUGAAAUAAGGGAAUCGACUAGUAAAACGGAAAAUUCAAUAAAUGGGUUAGAAGUAAAGGAAAUUAAAAAAAAAUUGACGAACGAAACUGAAGCAGAAAAUUUGAAGAAUACAGUAGAAAUAUUAAAGAAUGGAGCAGAAAAAGUAGAAACGGAGAUAACGAAAACAGAGGAUACGAUAAAAGCACAAGACGAGAGAUCGAUAGAUAAAACUGAAAAAUUGAAUGAAAAAUUAUCAAAUAGCAUAGAGGAAUUAGCAGUUAAUAUUCAUGUAAAAAAUGUGCAAUCCAUAAAUACAAGAUCGCUUAAUAAAGAUUCUCGGAUUACUGAAGUAGUCGAAACGGACGAUGAUAAUACAGAGACAUCAGGAAAAAAAUCUGAAAAUGCGACGAAUGAAUUUUCUAAAAGCACAAUCUUUGAAAAUGCUGCGAUCACGAGCGAAAGCUCGAAUCUUCCCAAUGAGAACAGCCAAACAAAAGCACGGAAAAAACGCGAGAGCGACAAGUUACCAAUGAUAACAUCGCUUUCUUUAGAGCUCCCGUAUUCUUAUGUUCUCAGCGAAGGUUCCCCUUGUGAGAUUCCCGAUUCCGUGACGACUGUGAUCAUUCCGGACAAGCCGUGUCCUUCUCCUAUUACUCUAGAGGACGAGAAUUAUCAGCCUGAAUCAACGAAUCAAAAGGAAGAAUCACUUACACGCUCCAAUAUUGAGAUUUCCAACAACGAAAGACAGGACAAGGAUCAGCGAGGAUACGACAUAGAAGUUUUUGGGGAACAUAUCAGACCGGAAGCCACCAUUCUAACCGUCGAUACCGAUUUUAUACAUGGCGUGAAAGGGAUAAAAUCAAGUCAGGACAAAGUGAUUGUCCAUCAGGACUUGGAUAAGAUUAAAGAAGAAGGCGAAGAAGAAGUUGAAAAAGAAGACGACGAACCAAAAAAGACAGAGAGCCAUCGAGAGAAGAAAAAUGAUGACGAAAAAAAUGUAAAAGAGGAGGAAAUGAAAAAGCUUGCAACACUAGAAAAUAUCAUGGAGCACGAAGAGAACGAGGAAACUGAUAUAAAAACGAUUGAGUCCAAGAGAGAUGCUGAGAAAAUCUCUUUUGACGUCCUCGAAUAUGAAUCCUUACCUGAUACCAAAGAUUUAACGAUCGAUACUGUUUUGACAAACGAAGAAACAGUAGACGUCGCAACAGAAUCCAGAAGCUUAUUGGAAAAUUUAUCAGAAGAGAGCGGAAGUACGCAGGGUACCACUACUACGUCGAGUGACAUUAAGAGAAGCACUACAAGCAAUCAAUCGAUUGAGAGUCCGAGUCCAGACAGACCGGUAGUACCAGAAUUAAACCUGGACUCACUCCAAGAUAACACGGUGUCGUCUUUCAAGGUGACGACAAACGGAACAGAGAAGGAGGACAACGACAGAGAAAGCGAUGCCACGAUUUCCUUGGUCGAGCCGUUGAUUUCGGAUGAGAGAUUAAUGAAUCGGUUGGUCGAUCAUGAAGAAACUAUUAUCACUAAAGGGUUGACAGAGAGAGAUCAGUCAGAGUUUCCAGAGGCUGAUCAAUUGUAUCAUGCAGAACAUAUGGAGUACAAAUGGUUGGAGAAGGAUCCGUUAUCGAUAGAAAUCAACUUGGAAGAUGAAACGAAAUCUCAGGAGAAAAAUAUUGAUUCGAAAACGACUUUACCGGAAGAUGCUAUACAAGUCAAUUUGGUUUUACAGGAGAAAGCGGAGACAGAGGAAUUAGGAAGCGAGGAAGAAAUUGCAAGAGAAUUGAUAGGCUUAUUGGAUAAAGAUGUACAACUUCGCGCUAAAGAAUCGGAUUUGAAAAAAGGAUCUAUAGACGGUGGAAAGUCCGAGAAAAGUAACUUAGAAAUAGACGACAAAUCUGAUCAACCAUUAUCAGCAUCUAUGCAUUCGAUAUUAACUGAACAAGAAAAAAAAGAGUAUGAAGAUUCUAUACAUAAAACAGAUGAAGUACUAAGAACUGAAAUGACCAGCAAAUUAUCAAGUGAUAUAACGGAUAUUAGCCAAGAUGAGGAUAAAAACAAUACGAUACUAGAUAAAGAAUCUGAAAAAAUGAAAUUGGAAAUGGUUAAAGAACACAUAGAGAAUUUGCAUGUUGCACCUUUAGCACAAUUUGAGCAAGAUGAAAUAUUGGAAGAAAAUGGUAGUUUUGAGAUAGCUGAUAAAAACAUUACAGUUAAAAGUAAACUUGAUACUAUUAAUGCUGAUCAAAUCGAUAUUCAGAAAAAACUUAAAGACAAACAAACAAGUAUAGAAGUUUCAGAGAGCCAAAGUAGUAACAAUAAAAUUAAAGAACCGAAAACUGAAAAUAUAAAGCAAGAAGAAAAUGGACAAGAAGAGUUGCAAAAUAAAAAAAAACGCCAGCAAGAAAAAUCACAUGAGGAGUAUAAACAAGAAAAAUUAAAUGUUCAAGAAGAAAUCGAACAAGAAAAUUUAAAAAUUCAAAGCAAAGAUGAUCAAGAAAACAUAAAGAUGGAAGAAAAAAUUGUAAAUAUGACAGUACUACCUCUAGAAAUAGAGUCGAGGAAAGACUCAAUAAGCGAACCAAUGAAAAAUGACGAAAAUAAGGACAUUAAAUCAAAUAAUAAAUCCAUUAUUGAUGAUCAAACAGAAAAAGAUACGGAAAAUGAAAAGAAAGGGAAAACUGAAGAUCUUUCAGGAAAGAUAGAAAUCGUUCAUGGACCAAUUAUAAGCGCAAUAUCAGAACAAUCGAUAGAAGAUCAUUCUCGCUGUAGAUAUUGGACAAUGGGAACGAAAUCGUCGACUGUGGAGACAGUAAUUGAAGCUUUUGAUUCUAAUACGAGUACAGACGAGAAGAUUAUUGUUGAUGAGUCAGAAAUUAUCGCGGACAAAUCGCUUAUUCAGAAAAUAGACGAUUUAGCUGCAGUUGUAAAAAUUCAAGCUUGUAUUCGAGGAUUUUUAACGCGUCGUCGUGUGCAAAAAAAUGCAGGCUCAGAAUUUCCUUCUAAUGACGUUCCAUCGACACAAAAAGUUACGAGUAAUCAUCUGGUACCACAAGAUACUUCGACUCUACGAGAAGCCAGACGUCUUCGACGAGAAGAAGCUUUACGGAAUACAACACUUUCGUUGGAGAAUGCCUUUGCGACAGGUCGACUUCAACAUACAGGCGAAUUUCACGAUUCUAUGCCGUUACUUCCUUUCGAUCUGCUGCAUAAUAAAGUUGAUUCAGUCACCUCGAACGAUUCUUUGGAUGAAAAAGCUUAUGUAACAGAAGCUAAUACACCUGAUAAUGCAAAAUCUAGUGCCAAUGAAAGUGAGACCGUUCGCGAACAUCGGACGACUUUCCACAAAGGCAACACCUUCGUUGAUCCCACCUUUCCAAUCGUGAUGCAUCUGCUGGCAGAUGCAUCCCGCAAUUGCCACUUCACGGUCAGUCAAAAUUCCCAUUCAGAUUUUAAUGCAAAUGCUAGAGGAGCCAAACCCAUGGAACCGACUGUGGACAUUGUAAUGCUGGGUUAUCCGAGAGACGACGAAAAUCGAUAUCUGAAUUUCAUAACUAGCAUCGAGGAUGUAAACUCCAAUAUGGAUUCCUUGACACUGCACGAUAUGACGAAAAACGCAAAUGACACCAGCGAUAUUCAUCAUCCUUCAACAACUUCCGGCAAGGGUAGUCUCAGGGAGCCUUUGGCUCUUCCAGGAGUUUCUCAGGGUGUCGUGAUCGAAGAAGUGAUCAGUUUAGGCGAAGUUGUCCCGUCGGAGUCGACGACGAAACCGUCGACCGCGCCGAAGACCUCGCUGGAUACAAAUAGCUCAAUGCCAUCUGAGGAAUGUGCCCUCGAGGACGUGAAAAAUGAUUUAGGGACGUCUCCGAGGACUACGGAUAUAAUGGAAGACCGGAAACAAGGAGCUGAAAGACAAGAGUCUGAUCGCAACCCUGAGAGUGUCGGAGAGAGCAAUUUGCAUAGCGGCGAUGCAAAUAAAAAUUCUAAUGAGUGCUCUGGUAAUAGCCAGCACGUGGACGAAGAGAAGGAUAAAACAUGAAUCAUAUAUUCAUGAAUCAUGUAUUCAUGGAGACGUGUAGGCUGACAUGAAACAGAGCGGGAGUCGCGAAUUAUAUGAUCGGUCAAUUGAUUCCUCCCAUUAAAAUCGUUAGGAAUUUGCAAGCCAAUUGCUAUAAUUUUCAUUGCACAUUAACAUAUUUUUGCAAGGCGCACUUACGUUUUAUAUUAUUCUUAACGUAAAGUUUAGAAUGCCUGCGGUUCGUUAAUUUAUUUGUUUAUGUAGAAAUAAAUAGAUGCGCGCGCGCGGUACGAGAAGGAUAUCACUCAGGAAUAUAGUAUUAAUGUAGGUAUAGAAAAAAACAUCAUGACAUAUAUAGUGCUCAGUUACUAAUUUAUAUACGAGGAAAAUGCAACGCGAGCACUAAAGUCGCAAUUUCGCUACAAGCGAAGUCUUU